CUUCUGAAGUGCAAAAACCAUAAGCACUAACUUAGCUCGGUUUCCGAUCCAGUUGGAGAUGUCUUCUGGGUCGAGCAGCUCAUCCCUCCGCGGCGCCAACGCGGAGUGGAGCAAGAAGGAGAACAAGCUGUUCGAGGAUGCACUCGCCUACUACGGCGAGGGCACGCCCGACCGCUGGCUCAAGGUGUCCCGCGCCAUGGGCGGGACCAGGACGGCCGACGAGGUGCGCCGCCACUAUGAGAUCCUUGACGGCGACAUCAAGCUGAUCGAGUCCGGCAGGGUUCCUUUCCCCAACUACAACACCCAGGGGGCUUGGAACUGAUUCAUCAAGCAAGGACCAAAGCUUCUGAAUUCUGAAGAUCCUGCAAACAGGAUAACCUGUUGAUAAUCUAGCCCUUAGCUGGGACCAUGUUAUUAUAGCAAGCAUACAUAAUUAUGUAUGUAUAACGAAGAUUGUGGGCACUUGGUUAAGAAUAUGUGUGUGCACAUGAAGAAGACAUAUGUGCAUGUACGUAAUAUAUACUAGGUUUGUAAGCAAAUCAAGUGCACUUGGUCUCGCAGACUCUAGCAUGUAUUUUUCAUUGCGUACAGUAUUACUCAU